AUGGUGGGUGGCCCCUCACGGAAGACCACCGUAUCGUCGGCUCCGUCGCCAGCCCAAAUACGUACAUAUAGUAAAAAUCAUGAAAUGGAUUUCGCGAAGAUAUACCUCGCCAUGCAAAAGGGUCACAAGGUGUGCAAGAUCAAUGUACUGAAGAAAUGGGAUCCGGCAUACAAGUUGCUUACUCUAAACAUGGAUACUCGUCAGUUGUUUCUCACAAAACUUGAACAAACGGCUGUUAGGAGCAAGCCGACCAUACUCGAUCUUCGUCAUGUGCGUGAAGUUCAGACGUUGGAUUUCAAAUUAUCGGCAAUUCAAAUAGGAGACAAAUGGAAAAGAGAUCGGGAAAUCCAGAACUUUGAUCCGUUGAAAAUACUCGUUAUUUCUCACGGCACGCAGUUCACUCUUAAGGAAUGGACGCUGUUGUUCGAAUCAGCUGAAGCAUGUCGCCUUUGGUGCCAGGGUGUCCACAACCUUAUGCUCGACACACGUGAUCGGUUCAUUUCCAGUCAUACAGCCCGCAUUGAACGUUUUAUCGCCAAACAUUUCUACAACCUUGUUACUCCAGGGACUGAAUUGUAA